AUAAAACGUUUUUGUUUUAUCGGGUAUUUUUAGAUUUAACUUUGUUUAUUGCAUUUAGUUGCAAUUAAAUGAUUUUCUUGCACACCCCUUCAAAAACAAUUUCUUUUUUGCUAAUGGCGUGGUGCUCUAAUAACUGAGCGCUAGUUGAUUACCCAUGAUGAUUGAUCAUUUUAUAGCUUCCCUAAUGCUUAUGCCUACAUAGUAAUUGUGGGAAAAGUAAACAAUAGCCAUUGGGGAAUCCAGUGACUGCAACAGUGCGCGUCAGACUGGUAUUACUGCACGCGCUCAACGCUGUUCGUGCACAAGCGGAAUGUAAAGAGCAGUCAGAGAAAGGGGAUUGCAGAGGACAUUUCCCCAUUUCUCUAAAUGCAAAACUAAGGCUAAGUUGUGGGGGGUUGCUUAUAAAUUGUGAAAAGAUUUUCCAAAAAAGUCUUCAUAGAAUAUUCGGGACUCCAAUAGAAUAUUUUCUCAAAUGUGCUGAAAGACGACGAGAAGUUGAAGAUUUGGAUUUUCCUUUGAAGGUGUGUAUUUCUCAAUUUGGACAGAGCACCAUGCGUAGGUUGCCGUGCCUUGCCUCCGAGCCAAGAGGAGAAAUCCCACUGUGCUACUGACAGGAAUUUACGCGCAGCUGAACAAGGAUGCCAGAGGAGCUUGCAAACUGCAGUGUGUGUUGCUGUACCACGACCAAUAAGAUACUCAUGGUGGUCUUCAUGAUAUUACUGAUACUUGCCAUACUCUUUGGAAACCUCUUGACAUUAGCAGUGGUCUUUGGAACUAAACAUUUCCACACUCCACAGGGUUAUUUAAAAGCCUCACUGGCCGUGGCAGACCUGGCUGUGGGAAUUUUUGUGGUACCCGUUUCAGUUUAUGCUGAAAUAUCCCUCAUGAUCUACAGUUCAAUGCCGGAGUGGACAGCGCGCAAUUCCCAAUCCACACCUUUCCACCCGUGCAGUUUCAUCGGACCCGUGUUUGCAGGAUGCACUUUAGUGUCCAUUACAACCAUUUUCCUCCUGACCAUUGAAAGGAGCAUAGCCGUUUUGAAGCCACUGCACAAGGAAUCUGUCAUAACUAAAAAAAGAACAAGCAUACUAAUAGUCUUUUCCUGGAUGGGCAGUUUUUUCCUGGCAGUAUCUCCAAUGGUUUUCAGCAAUGAAAUCGCCCUGGAGUACAAUCCUUGCAGCCGCAUGUGCAAUUACGCGCUGGGAAGCGCAGACUUCCCAUCCCAGGCUUGGAACAUUCUCUUACUCUUCCCUGCCUUUGACUUCACGCUGCUCGGAGGUACUGUUGUCAUCAAUAUCAUAUCGCUCACCACAAUCCGCCAGCAUUCAAAAAGAAGAAAACAUCUCGCAGAGACAGAGAGGCAAAGCGCAACGAAACCAACCUUCUCCGACAUCAAGGCUGCCAAGACGAUAGGCACUCUGACGUUGGCUUUCACUGCUUCUUUCACUCCCAUCGCCGUGUUUGUAGUUGGAAAUGUGUUGGGAAACGAAUGGUGCACUUUUUCGUUUUUUGCCUUUUGGAUUUUAACCACGAACAGCUGCUGGAAUGUUAUUAUAUAUGGUGUGAGAGACCAGAAAUUCAGAAGUCGUGUGUAUCAGCUGCUCAUAUCCGCUCAUUUGAACACUGCGCCCAAAAAAACUGAGUAUGAAAACACUGUAAAUGAGGGGAAACUCAAUGAGGAAAUAGUCAAGCAAACCUAAUUACUGAUCAGUAGUGCUACUGUAUUUAUAACAGUCCCCUUAAGCUAGUAUCUGGGCAUUACAUGGAGCAAGCUGGUUAUUAGCUGGCGUACCAGCUACAAUGUUCCAUAUACUAGCUUAUAAAAAAUAGCUGGUUUGUUACAACUUCAAGGUCCACCUUAGAACAGCCGUAACCAUACUAAACACAGCCGCCACA